AUGGUUAGCAAAAAUGAUGAUAACUGUUCUGACAUCAAUGUGGUCAAGGAACGCCCAGUUUUUAUACCGCCACGUAAACGUCAAACGAAUAAAAAAACAAAUGGAACAAAUUAUGUAGAUCAUAUUGCCAAUGUACAGAAUCGCCAAAAACUCUCACCAUCCAAUAAUGUCCUGGAAGAGGAUCUUCUAAAUACGAAACUUUUGCUGAAAAACAAACAACCACUGCCUCAAAUACCACUGAAAAAUCCCGAUGAUAAAUCCAUUAAGUCACCCAAAUCUGCACAAUCGGUAGACAAUAUCUAUGUGGACGAUAAUGAGCUCAACAAUUUCGAAUCUGUAUCGCAAGGAACCAAAUCCACUAAUCGUCAUGAAUCUUCAACCGUAACACCCUCUAGUUAUUCGGAAAGUAGUCUAGAUGUUAAGCUCAGCAAAUCACACGAUUGUCUUAGUAAUCGUUCGGGUUCUAAGAAACGUGUUAACAUACGCACUGAUCUGGCACAAUUGCGUAGUGCACGCAAUUCACCAGAUCAAACCAACUAUGAGGAUUUAGAGUCGGGAGAAACUAGCGUUUUAAAUACCUACGAUCAGUCUUUGGAACGUUAUCACACUAAGAAAACAGCAGAUAAUGGCAACUAUUUAACCAUGACGGGCACUAUAAAGCGUGGCAAGAAAAAGGGUCAAAGUUUUGAUUUACAAUUGAAUAUCAGUCGUGAUGAGUUGGAAAAAAUCAAUGCGGUGGCCAUUAAAAUGGAGGCUAAAGAGAAUAAAAAAUGUUGCAAGUGUUCUUUGAGUACAGGUUUGCAUAUUUUACUAUGGUCCCUAAUAUGUCUACCCUUUGUUACCCUUAUAACCAGUAUUUAUUCCUUCUAUAUUGGCACCAUUACCUGGUAUAAUGUUUUCAAUUAUAUGCAUGAGGAAAAAUCCAUUUUAAUUAGACUUUUAAUGUCUCCCUUACUGGUGGCAGCCUAUCCCAUAUAUAUCAUAUGCUGUAGUCUGGGUUUGGGUUUGUAUGCGGGGUUUGUGCAAAUAAGUUUCACCUUCUCCGCCUGGUGCAAUGAAAUAGCCGAUAUGGAAAAGGGUUUUUAUGGUUGGCUUUGCUCAUUUUUACAUUUAUCCGAUUGCAGUCCCUACGAAGUGGUGAUAUUGACUGAUAUUAGAGAGGAACUAACACAGCCGGCGCCACGUUUGGAAAUACAAACCUCCAAUGAGGAGUUAACUCUUUAAAGCAAGCAACCAAUGUAAAUCUAUAUAACCGUCAUAAAACAAGAAUAUAUAACAGAGUAAUCUAAAACAAGGGGUGAUAUAUGUGAUUAAUUUGUUUAAGGUUUGUUUUUUUUCAUUUCAAUAUUAGUACUUCCGAUUCAGGCAACAGACAUAUAAAAAGUUAAAACUUGUAUAAAUGGCGGUUUCUUUUUUAUAUAUAUAGAAGAUGAAGGAAAAAAAAACAAAAAUCAAUGUGUGAUAUAACCAGAAAUUUAAAAAAUUUAUUAUAAAAAUACCUAUAUCCCAAAAGCAAAAACAAAUUGUUGAAAAAAAAAACUCCCUUAAGAAUCAAAGAUAAAGCAUUUCACAAAAUAAUAAAUUCCUUAAAUAGUAAAACAAUUUAAAGUAGAAAUUUCUCUUUAAACAAAACACUGAACAAACAUAUAUUUAUACUUUUAAAACCCAACAAAUCCAAUAAUAUAUAUAUAAACGAGUUUUAUUCUAAAUUAUCUAUAUAUCAUUUGAAAGCUUAGCUAAACAAUUUUUCCAUAAAUAACUAAAACCACUUAUAUAUAAUAAAAUAUUUUUUAAUAUAAAAAUACAUUUUGUAUAUAAGGAAUCUAAGUUUUUUUUUAGAGAUAACUCAGUUUUUUAAAAAUUAAGUUAAAAUUUUUAAGUAUUAUAUGUAGUUUAUAAUAGUUUUAAAAAUGGUCUACUAAGAGAAACUCGUAAAUUAAAAAAAUUGAUCAGAUUUUGGAAUUCCUUCAUUACAUUUGGUUUUCGAGAUACCAUGACUUAUGUGCGAAUACACGCACCCAGAAUAAAAUUUGUUUAACCCAGAGAAUAAUGAACGCACUUCUUAAAGAUUGAGCUCUGCUUAAUCUUAAUCUGAUUUUAGAACUUCUUCAUCACAUCUGAUAUUUGAGAUAUCAUAACCUAAAGAUUGAAAACCCCCAGUUUUUGGACAUCAAAAUUUAGGUAAAAAUAACUAGAAGAAGCAUGAAGUUACAACAGAUGUUAAACCCUUAUUUUAAAGUAGAUAGCUUCAACUUUCAGAUUAUAUAACAAAUCUUAUAAAUAAAGGUGUAUUCGCGCAGUUAUACAGUCUCAAAUUAUUAGAUCUCUUUAUUAUUUAUAGUUUUAUGAAUAUUUCAAGAAUAAUGGUAACACAGUCCAACAAUUGUUUUUAACCCAAAGGACAAAGUACCCACUUCUGAAGGAUUGAGAACUGCUUAAUCAGAAUCUGAUUUUAGAAUUUCUUUAUUGCAUCAGGUUUUCGAGAUAUCAUGAUGACCUAAAGAAUGAAA